GGAAGUACGGAAGUGUUAAAUGUUAGUGUUCGUGCCUUUCGGUGUUUUGUUGCUGUGACUUUUGUCUUCAAUGGAAAACAUCGCUGCUCACUUUCUAAUACUAAUUUAUUUCCUCUACGCGCUGAUAUGUUUUAUCGCCAAUGCGCAGGAUCUGCUAGAUGACGGCGGCUGGUCGUCCCAGGGUUUGCAUCAUGAAGGGCCGUGCAACAUCCCAGUGUUGGACGGCCGCUCGCUGCCACUGCGGUACUUCCUGGACAGAUACGCAUACAGCACACCAGUGGUGAUCCGAGGUGUGACUGAUAACACGAAAUUCCGCUCUUUGUGCUCCAAGUCUUCGUUACUGGAAGAGUACGGCCAUCGCAAAGUACGGCUCAGUACCGCCAACACGUAUUCUUACACAAAAGUGGACGUGGCGUUCAGGAAGUACGUGGACAACCUCCUCAGACCUCAGUCGCUGGACGUCCUUGGCAGCGACACUUUGUACUUUUUUGGAGACAAUAACUUGACGGAGUGGCAGAACCUAUUUGACGUGUACAAGCCACCACCGUUCCUGCUGCCCGGCACCAGCAGAGCGUACAGCUUCGGCAUCGCAGGUGCUGGAACUGGCGUCCCCUUCCACUGGCACGGUCCGGGCUACUCGGAGGUCAUCUACGGGAGGAAGCGCUGGUUCCUCUACCCGCCUGACAAGCAGCCACACUUCCACCCCAACAGCACCACCCUGUCCUGGUUGACGGACACCUACCCCAACCUGCCAGUAGACGAGGCCCCGCUGGAGUGCACUAUCCGACCUGGAGAGGUAGACAUUGGCGUGGUCUUUUGGGUUUCACUUUUUGAGGGUGCUUUUCUUCCCCGACCGCUGGUGGCACGCCACGCUCAACCUGGACACCAGCGUCUUCAUGUCCACUUUCCUGGGAUGAAGACAUGGAAUGAUGUCAUUAUGUCCUCAACACAAGACAUGUAUACAUGUAUGUAUGCAUGUAUAAAUUAGUGGUGAGAUUCUUUUGGCACUUAACGAUUCCAACCCAUUCCGAUAUCUGGGUUGAUGAUACGAUUCAGAAUCGGUUCUCGAUAGAAACAGAUUCUCGCAAUAUAUUAUUUAAUAUAAUAUUUAAUAUAAUAUUUAUAAUAAAAACAUUUCAAAAUAGAUUAGAAUAGCUUCUCUAGUUGCAUGGAUAUGGCCUAAAAAAUACAUUUUUAAAAAUGUGUUCUUAUAUGAUUUUUUUUUUUUAAUUGAAUUCAAAGAACUAGGGUUGUGAUGCGGAUGUAAUGCGAUUUUUUGUGCACUCUCAGCAGACUUUAUAUCAGCAAUAUGGCCGAUCAAGUUGUUUACAUUCCAUACCAUACCAACUUUUAUUUAGAAAGAUAUAAUUUUGUUAUCUGGCAUUUGGAUAGGUGCUUACUGGAAGCUAAUUUGUGGUUCACGUGAUGCCAGUGACCAUGGAAUGUACUUUCUAUUGUUUAACUAUACAGCGUUGACUUAUAUGACCCAAUGCAAACAACCUCCCCUUGUCAUGACGCAGGAAAAAAAACUAGCACACAAAGUCAACAAACAUGGCACACAUAACACAACCUGCUCGCUGAACUUUGUGGCUAUAAUAAAAAAAACAGCCAACCACCAUAAAAAAUUCUAAAUUACACCCAUUUAAAUCCAUUGCAAGGCAUGAUGGGAACAAUGGAAAAAACACUCAUCCAUGUUUGGUGCAUUUUAGCCGAUUGAUUACAAAACUUUAAGAACUUCACAAAGGUAAACAAGGUAGGAGUUGAACUUUCAACAUAUAUAUAUACAUAUGUAUAUGUAUAUAUAUGUAUAUACUGUAUAUAGAUAGAUACAUAUGUAUCUUAUAUAUACAGAUAUAUAGAUACAUAUGUAUGUAUAUAUAUAUAUAUAUUCAUAUAUAUAUAUAUUCAUAUGUA